AGGGUGGGAUCUCUUUGCGUCGUGCUCGUUCCGGGGUCUGGGCCGCUGCGAGACUGGAAGAAUUUGGUUGCGGUUGCCGACGGGGCGCAGCGGCUUCGUGCUACCCGAGCCCUGCUCGGCCAGUGGCUCCUGCCCCUCUUUUCUGGGGGUGGGGGAGGUGCCCGCUGGCGGCAUCAAUACCCCUAGGCGGUGUGUAGAUGGGCAUCUCCCGACACGCCCAGCUCGCACCUCCCACCCCUGCUGGGGGUAGGGCUCCUGCCUGAGGGGCCCCUGGCAACCGGGCUGCGCUACCUGUGCUGCCACCAGCCCUCCUCCCGCCUUGGGGUAUGGCGGUGGAUCUCCUCGUUUCUCUCCCUUAGCUACGCUAGGGGUUGGGUGGUUCCUGCCCCCGGGGCCCGCUAGGCGUGGGAAAGAUGUCGGAGGCAGUGCUGUUGCUGCGGCGGGUGCGGGAGCGCAGCAGUGAGGGGGGCACGGGGGCCCGGAGGAAGCGGAGCAGGCGGCGCCGUUUCUACCCUGAGCACCGGGUAUACCGCGCCCGCAGCUCCUUCCUGGACCUCAGCGAGGAGCAGGUGCUGCGGCGCUACCGUCUGGACAAGGCAGCUAUUGCGGGGCUCUGCAGCGAGCUGGGCUCUGACCUGGAGAGCCUGACAGGUCGCAGCCACGCCCUGCCGGUGGCCGUCAAGGUGACCUCGGCCCUCACCUUCCUGGCUUCAGGCUCCUUCCAGACAGCCACACGGGACACUACAGGCAUCAGCCAGUCAGCCAUGUCCAACUGCCUGGCCCAAUUCCUGGAGGCACUGCAGCGCCGGGCUGCCCGCUACAUUACCUUCCCUGUCCCAGUCCCCACGGCAGGGCAUGCUGAGGGCCGCUUCCCUGGGGUGCUGGGCCUGCUAGGCAGCAUGCAUGUGGCGCUGCGGGCCCCCUCAGAAAACGAGCUUGCCUACCGCAAUGCCCGCAACUACCACUCCAUGAACAUGCAGGUGGUGUGUGAUUCUCAUGGCACCAUCAUCAACGUGGUGGCCAAGUACCCUGGCUCCUGCCCCAACGCCGCCGUGCUGGAGAACUCUGCCCUUGCUCGGCUGCUUGACGGAGCCCGGCUUGACGGGCUGUGGCUGCUGGGAGACCGAAGUUACCCGCUGAAAACAUGGCUCAUGACUCCAAUUUUAUUCCCAUGUAGUCCGGGAGAGGAGAAGUACAAUGCCAUGCACCAGGAGGCCCUCUCUGUGCUCAAGCAGACAUGCACCCUAUUGAAAAUGCGUUUCCGCUGCCUGGAUAAAUCAAGUGGCUCCUUGCAGUACACCCCCCAGAAAGUCUGCCAGAUCUUCCUGGCCUGCUGUAUACUGCACAACAUCGCCCUGAGCCGCAGGAUGCCCUUAGACCUGGCAGAGGGGGAGGAGCUGGUGGAGGGGUCGGAUGCUGACCCGGAGCUCCCAGUGCAAACCCCCUUUGUUCAGAUCUCCAGUGAGGCCCGGGCAGUGAGAGCGCGAAUUGUGCAACGAUUCAGAGAGAGCCUGACCUAGAGCAGCAUCCUUGUGCUGCACCAGCUGCUUCUGAAACAGCUCUUGGUGGGGAAAAGGACCAACAUGCCAAGUUUUUCCCCUCAGCAUCUGGUACAAACCACGCACUUCACCCUCUCUAGAGGCAACUGGAAUGUAUCUUAUCCUGGAGCUGAUGGCAUUCCCAACACUGACCUGUCCUAGGAAGAGCUGCCAGCAAUUCCAGCUUCUGACACAGGAUUUCACUGUGGGGAUUGCAUUUUGUUUAAAAAUCUCGGUUUAAUUUUUUCCAUAGAGUAGUGACUGAGAGGAUGGUUCUAUGGGCCUGGAAGAAGCUACCAUCUUUAUGCCCCAGAGCUGUUACUGGGUGUGGACUGGCUGUUCCUGAAGCCAAACUGUACUUGACUCUCACAUGUUGUUGCUCUUUUAGUCUAGCUGCGGGUGAGAUAAAAAAUUCGGCUGCCCAUGGAUUGCUGCUUGGCUGAAACUGGCAGUUCGGAGUGAACUGAACCCCUCCAAAGAAAGGAGAGUAAUGAAUGGAAGUUUCCUUUAUUGAGAAGCAGUGUUUCCUCCUAUCCUGAGCAAAGCUGGGGAUUGGAACUCCCCAAAUCAUCAUCCCUGCUCUAUCCCUGAGCUGCCCAGCAGCUUUGGCCAAGUUGCCUGUGUAGGUAGGGGUUCUAGUGGUAGUGACUCUUCCAGCCAGGGAUGUAGUGAGGACAGGUUAGUCUAUGUUCUGAAAAUGUCCAAGCCCCAACUUGGAAAAGUGCAUGCCUGCAGCCUACUGCACUGUAAAUUAAGGAGCCCCUUCUCAUUGUCAUAGACCAUUUUGCUCCUGCCUUGUAAUUCUUGAGGGCCCUGGCUAAUGCCUUCAUUUCCAAGGCAGGGUGCUGUAUGCUGGCAGGAGAGAGGGGUUCUGGCUCUUAGAUGGCAGAAACCUAAUUUCACCCCCUCUGCUCUGUUGGAUGCCUCCUGCGCUCUGGUUCAUGAAGCUGGGAAUCCAAGGGGGAAGUGGUGAGCAGUGGGUUGGGGACUGGGCUCAAGGCCUGGGGCACGUGAUUGGGAGAAUGGUCUCUGAGUGGAGGCAUGGUGAUCCCCUGCUAGGGAGAGGCAGAGGCACAGGCAUGAUAACACUGGUCUUCAGCAUUCUAAAGGUUAACUGUUCCUCACCCACUUUCCAGUGCUAAAGUACUGAUUGCCAAGAGAUCAGUAUACCC